GUGAGCUUAAUGAUGUCGAAAUUCUGGACCGGAUCAGCGAGCGGUUCGCCGAACUUGAGGCGAGCGUCUCGCCCGUUCCACUCCUCGAAGCCCGAAUCAGCGAGUUAGAUCGCUUGGUGAAGGCUCUCAUCACGCAGCGCGGUGGCGAAACCUUGGAGAUUAAUGUCGACGAAUAUUUUCCACACGUACGUUUGGCAGAGGCUGGCAUCAACAUAUCAGAACAUGAUGAGCAUGAUUCCGCGCUGAAGUUUCCCACGAUCAGCGGCAAGGAGUUUGAGUCGGAAGUGUCCAAGUUGUCGAGACGACGGUCGAGCUUCGAUCCCCCAAAGAUGGACACGAUUACCGAAAAGGUCCUCGACACGCAAACCAAAGAGUACUACAGAUUCGGCGAGUCGACGUGGGAUCUCUUUCUCUUCAUCGGCACGGGUGCUCUAGGUCCCUUGGGCUCUUGUCAAACCUUCGUGCUGGCCGUGGUCAAUGUCAUCAUGCAGAUCGUGUUCGUUGGCAUCGCCUGGUACAACUUCCUGGAGCCUGAGGUGGACGAAAGGUCGAUUCUGGAUGCUCUCCGUUGGCGCCGUUCCUCAGGACACGCCCUCAGUGAAUAUGACGCGCAGUCCCAGACUUCCCUCGCAGAGCGGGUCUGCUCGCUUGACAAGUCAUUGCACAUCUCCGGGCUGCAGGUAUCUCUACUGGAUAACAUUCGCAAGUAUGUGAAGCCUGACGCCGUUGGCUUUGAGGCCGUCUUCACAGGGCAGAUGCUCUGUCUGGUUGCUUUGGUAUGCUGGUACCUGAUGGUUGCCAAGGAGAUCAACCAUGCUCUGGCUCUGCACCGCGGGAUCAUGGCGCUUCCUCGGGGACCGACCAAGAUCAUCAGCAGAGAGAAUCCCUUCACCCUCGUUACGCACUACAGGUUCCUGUCAAUUCCGUACCGUCGCAAAGUCAUCAGCAGCUUCCUCCUGGCGUACAGGCUGUUUGCGGCCUGUCUGCUGAUCUACGUCGGGACAUUCUUUCUGGUGUACACAGUGAAUGUGACGGAGCUGAUCCUCAACGCAGUUGCCUUGGGCAUCAUCCUGGAUAUUGACGAUGCCGGGCUGCGAACUAGGCCCUUUUGUGGCCCUCCUCCUCGGUCAUCGUCUCUCCAGGUAGGAGACGUAGUCUACCUAACCCUGCGAUCUGAUGGAUCGGAUUUGCCGAUUUGCGGCUGGGUCGUUGAGCUAGUUGGUGAUGAUGUGAUUGUGGCGACGAAAGCGAACGCAGUGAAGAACGUGAAGCAGAAAGCCUCGGCCUCCUCUGGCGAUUCAUCCUCCAGUGCCUUUGUUCGUGUUCCCAAGGAAACAGUGGUCCUUAGCCUGCCUGAAGAAUGGUCGGGAUUGAAGACCAAAGAUCUUCCCGCGCUGGGAGUAUGCCAACUUGCCUGGAAGAAGAUGACCGCCACCGACCUCGAGAGCAGCGAGGCGGAGGCUCCUACAGCUACAAAGGCCAAGCCCAAGAAGACUUCUCUCCCUCGCCACUUGGCGGGCCUCAAAGAGCUCUACCAGGUUCCGGACGACGCAGACGACGACGACGACGAGGACGACACAGACGACGAGCUGGUCGAGGGUCGACUUGCAACGGGCUUUCUUCCCCCGGGACGAGGGUCCAAGAGGGACAAGCCGAAGAAGGAGCGCCAGGACAAGACCGAGAAGAAGGGGUUGCGCGAAGCCGUUCUGAAAAGUUUGGCUGCCGGCGAGGAUGCGUCCAACCUUCUCCCCAUGGUGAUGAUGACGCUGCUCUUGGACAAGGACGAAGAGAAAAGCAGCCGAUCCAGGAAGGCCAGGUCUUCCAACGACCUGCUUGGUGGUUCCGGCUCAGACAGUUCGGACGACGACGACGUCGGCCUGAAGACCAAGGGCCUUCGUGCGGUGACCACCCUUCAUCGGCUUCACGAGCAGAUCCAAAGGCGGCCGAAGAAGGUUUGCGAGAUCUUCGAGCGCGAGGUCAUCGAGGAGAUGGGCAUCGUUCCGGGACAAGCGUGGACCCUCCGGGACUUCGUGAAGAAGCAGAAUUGGGGCCGCUUCAAAGGGCUGAUGAGGUGUGCGAUGAUGGACGUUGCAGUGUACGAGCUGUUGAGAGCAGGCAAGGCCGAUACAGCAGCGGCGCAAACCGUGCAGAACCUCAAGGCCAAGACCCAGGCCGUCUUCUUGCAGGGCGGGGACUGGACUACGGCGUGGUUGCUGACAGGACUCCCAGAUCCUCUCGUGAGAAAGGAAUGGGCUGGAAGCAAGGAGGAGAUGACGAUCGUCAGCGGCUACGUGGACGCCCUGCACAAGCUCAAGAAGAAGGUGCGGGAAGCCCAGAGCUCCGGAGUGGCCGACGGAGAAGACGACGCGGUGGAGGGCGACAGCAAGGCUUGUCAAUGGUGGGCCAAGGCCUUCGUAAACACGUUUGUGGCCUGGUCAAACUUUGUGGUUUUGGGUUGCCCUCGUCCGGGUGGUAGUGGCUACGAGCCGCGAGUUGCCUAUCGGAGUUCAGCUGACGCUCGGAUGUUUGCUGACGGGCUGCUUGGCGAGGUGGAGGAAUUUGCUAGUUUGGAGUUAGCCUUAGGCACAAUAGAGUGUGAAGGCAAGCGUGGUGCAGUGCAGAGUCUCGUGUCCCGCCUCCAGACAGCAGUUGAUGCAUGCUACGGCACCGCUCCAAUUCAGGCUGGAGCGACGGUGCCCACCACGGCCCUCGCCGUGUCUGCGGCGCGGUUGGCGGUCCCGGAGACUGCUGGAAAGGUUGAUCCUCUUGAUUGGCUUCCUGAGGACCAGAAGGCGGUGUUUGCAGAUUUGGCGCAAGUGCGAUUACCCGAGCAUGCGUGGGAGGAUGUAGUCGUCGCUUGCCACCGUGUGCCGCAGGCCGAAGAAGCAGAGGUGGCGGAGAAACUGUUGGCCACCAGCAUGGCUAUGCUCAUUCCUGAAGACGAUCUUCCUCGUGAUCAGGCCUGUCACGAGGCCAUCUUGCGCAAACACGGAGUGCUAGACCCUCAGCAGACACUGGUGUACGGGGACUUUGUGCCAGCAUCCGACCUUUGGCAGGGCGUCUACUUAGAUGACUUGUUGGUCACGAAGCGGGUGACCCUCUCAGAUCCCAUCCCUUUGGAUGGCACCUUUGAACCGCCUGCCGCUCAGGUCGACGACGAGGACAUCGAGAUCAUCACUCGGGCUGAGGUUGUGUACGAGGAGGCUGGAUUGCAACGCGCUACACACAAAGCUUUUCGGGCGCAGACUGCUUUUAAGGCCUGGGGUGGCGAGCUAGAUGGUAUUCGAGGCCGAGUCGGAGCCCCGCUAGCCAUUCGUCGUGAAGUUUGGACCCUGAUACGCUGUAUCGUGUCUUCAGGCUGGGCCACGACAGCGAUCUUGCAGCAGGUUUUGGGCUUUGUAGCGUUUGCCUGUCAGUUUCGGAGAGAGCUAUUUUGCCUACAGCAUAGGAUUUACAAGUACGUGUCCGAAAUGCCAGCGACUCGUUGGGUGCGACUCCCGGCCUAUGUGAUCGAUGAGCUGCGUAGCAUAUCUCUUCACCUCCCGUUUGCAGUGUGGAAGAUGAGGCGGGAGAUCAUGACGAGCCUCCUCGCCACCGAUGCGACCCCAACUUCAGGUGGGGGUGUGCGAGCCGAAGUUCCCGCUGCGCUUGCAGAAGAGUUGUGGAGGCGAUCCGAGAUCAAGGGCGCCCCAGUGCGCCUCGAUCGGAGUGAUGCUUUCAACUUCGGGAUGCCAGAGCCUCAGGAAACUUCGCAGUUUGCGAGCCUCGUGUCGGAAGUCCUGGAGUGGCGGACGACUAGUGGCACGGCUGUGCAGUUCGUGGUGCCCCACAGGACGGAGCAGUUCGUACCGGCUCAACGGGAUCAUGCGAGGCAUGGUGUUUGGGAGUGGCAGUCAAAUCACGGCUGCGCACCGCGAGGUGCAGUGGUUGUGGUUGAGACCUCCGUGGUGUUGGGAAAUUUGUGGUGGGAAGUCGCCCUGACUCUUGCUGAGAAGAUCACUGAAGCAGGACGGGCGGCGAAACUGCGUGAUGUCACCCUCACCCCCGAGUACCGGCGCCACCUCGUGGACGGUGGACAAAUGGUUGGAAAGGGCAGUGGACCUAUUGCAUCAACAAGGAGCAUUGUUGAAGUCCACAUGGUCAGCUUUGCGGGCAUGGCGGCUCCCGAGCUAGCUGAGGGUGUGGGCCUAGUGAUUUCGAUCAAGCAGGUGAAGACCCGGCGUGUUUGGGCGCAACAAUUCGUUAUCGUUGAGGCGUCGGUGGUCUCAGCUGGUCAGCGAUGCGCUCAAGCUGUUGAGGCUCUGGGAGUGCAUGCCCUUGCAAAGGCACCUGCCAGAGCGACGGAGGAUGCAGGCGGUCCCGGUUUGGGACGCGGCACACCUCGGCCGGCCGAUGCCAACCCUGCCAGUGAGCAGGCCGCUGCAGCCGCGGCGGAAUCAGUGAUGGUCGCCGCCCAAAGUGCAGCUAGAGAACUUGGUGCGGACGCGGUGGAAGGCGGGCUCUCGGCAGCUGAACUCCUCGAGAACCCUAGCAGCCGAGCCAGCGCGGCACGGUGGCGAGCAGGAGACCCGCGCCGCCGGAUCACGGCGACUUUGGCCAGAGUAGUGCAGUCCCUUCAAGAAUGGAGUGGACGUGGAGUUGGAGCCGGGCUUUCUCGUCAUCCUCCUCCUGUCUGUCCUCGCCCAGUACAUCAGGGAGGGGCCACUUUGCAGCCGGAGUUGCGCUGGUGGCGGUUGCCGAGCCUGCCAAGCUGGAUCCCAAGAUUGAAAUAUAGGACCGUGGUUCUGCUGGUGCUGAUCCUUUUGUUUCCAAAGGUCGCCUCUCUCAUCGUGGCACUAAUGAUCCGCUUCCUUUGCAGAGCUCUCGUCGGUCUGAUUGCGACCCUCAUCAAAGAAGUGGGUGGGCAAGCAAUGUUGGCAGCUGCCGAUGCAGAGCAGCAGCUGGUGGACUUCUUGUACGUCCAACUGGGGUGGGGGCCUGGUACUCCUCCAGCUCCCCCGCCUCCUUUGUUUACGGCUGGGCCUCCAGUGUCUCCACCUCCGGCACCGACUCCCGCCCAAACCCGCCCUGUCGACCUCCUCAUCGUGCUCAUGUUGGGCGCCAGCAGCCACUGA